UUACAUAGCCAACACAAAAAAAAAACCUGACUGAUUCACCAAUUUUUUUCCUAAGAUGCACAAAACAAGACAAUUUUACACGUUUUGUGGUUAAGAUAAAAUACUCAACAUACAAGUAGUAUAUGAUUGAAGCUCUUUCUUUGUUGCAGAUCUACCUUAUACUACUCUAACCCAAUUUACAUCAUACAAGUAAAAUUCUGAAGAGAGAGAAAUCAGUAUUGAUUUUUGAAGGUCUUUUACUCACAACUUCGGAAAAAAGAAAACCCAGCAAAAUCAGCAUUUACCCAGGAGUUUUUGGUGUUGACCUUGUUUGACUAUGGCGAACAAAUCUCAAAUCCCAACAAAGAAUUCUGCAUUUAUAGCUGUAAUUGCUGAUGAGGAUACUGUUACUGGAUUCUUACUUGCUGGAGUUGGUAAUGUUGAUAUCCGGAGGAAAACAAACUACCUGAUUGUAGACAGUAAAACAACGGUAAAACAAAUUGAAGAAGCAUUCAAGGAGUUCACAGCAAGGGAGGACAUUGCGAUUGUAUUGAUUAGCCAAUAUAUUGCAAAUAUGAUCAGAUUUCUGGUUGAUAGCUACAACAAACCAAUUCCAGCAAUUUUGGAGAUUCCAUCGAAAGACCAUCCGUAUGAUGCUGCUCACGAUUCAGUCCUUUCUCGGGUGAAAUACCUCUUUUCUGCUGAAUCAGCAGCGGGAUCAAGCAGAUUUUAGGCAUAUUCCCGCCUGAAUGUUGAAUGCUGUGAAUUUAAACUAGAAUGUUCACUUUUCUGAGAGUUGAUAUUCCAAUGUUGAUGUUCUAAAUAAGGAAUGCGAUUAAUUUUGUCUUAUUUAUUUGUAAUCCUAUAAAGAGUUAUACUCUGAACCAAACGCGAGUUUAGCAGUCCCAUGUUUAUGCUCCAUUCAAUUUGGAUAUUCUCUUGUUUCUAAUCAGUAAAAUUGUUAUGAGCUCUGCUUUAAAGAGUGUUGUUCUA